AUGCUUGAAGCAAGAGAUGCAACAGAAAGGGAGAUAUGGUGGGAACCAAGAAAUGGUUUUGCAAACUUUUGGUUUGACAACUGGACUAAGCUUGGUCCUCUUACUCAACUUAUGCCAGCUAAUUUCCCUAUGAAUGAUAGUAUUCAGGAGGUUGCAGAUCUUAUGGAGAAUGGGAAGUGGAGUUAUCAGAAAUUGCAACAAACUGUGCCAAAAGAUAUUGUUGAUCAUAUAAGAAAAGAGGUGCACAUUGAUACUCCCUCUGAAAAUAUGGACAAGGCCUGGUGGAUGCUCACUGGUAGUGGUAAAUACACUGUUAGUAGUGCAUGGGAAGCAAUAAGACAAAGAAGUACCUCAAACUGGUGCUAUAAGCAAUUCUGGACAAAAGGUUUGCCUUUCAAGAUUGUUGUCUUCUUGUGGAGAGUGUGGAAGCAGAAGUUACCUGUUGAUGAUAUACUUGCAAAGAUGGGGAUAUCUAUUGUGUCUAUAUAUAUUUGGAAGAUGUUUUCUGCAGCAGCAGGUGUGCAAGGCCCUUUUAUUCAAGUUAAUCAAGCAAUCAAUAAACGGUGGGACAUAAAGUGCUCUUCAAAGCUGAAACCGUUAUAUCAAGCAGCUCCUGCAAUCAUCCUUUGGCAACUCUAG